AUGGCGACACUGGAGCGCCCGCUGGGCCUCCAGCUCUCGUACUUUCGCCGCUUCAUGGAGCUGCACGGCGGGCGCCUCGAGACGCUCGAGAGCCUCGAGUCGUUCUUCCGCGAACGCUGCAUCGACGACCCGGUCGUGUGGUUUUGCGUCUUCAACAACAACCAGCACCGCGCGAGCGAGCACCCGUUUGCGUGGUGGCAGUCGACGUUCCAAGAGUCGCUCGCGGCCAUAAACAACGUCGUCAUGGUCAUGCACCCGUGGAAAAACCCGGUCACGCUCACGCGGUCAUGGUGCAUCUUUGAGGUCUAUGUCACGAUCACGGUCGGCGCCAACUUUGACGUUGCGCUCGCGCCCAGCCAAGAAGCCCGAUUCUUUGACGAUAUCCUUACGGAUAUCAGUGCCUUUUACAACAUGCUCGCAACCGUGAGCAGCGAAGCGGCGCAAGCAACGGUGCCGACCGACAAGACCAACAUUGAUCGCGUCAUCACGAGCACGGUUGGGUUCACUGGCCUCGACCGGAUGGUGCUAGAGACGUUCGAAGCGUGGAUGAAGCGCGCGAUCCGUGGGCGCAUCGCAGUAGCGUCGACGGCUCUCGAGAAGGCGCGGCUCUUCAAGGCGCUCGCUGAGUUUGUGUCGCUCAACGGGGCGUUCGUCGAGGCCGAAGCACUCGGCACCGAGGCGCUGGCACUGUACCUCGAGGCUCUCGGACCUGAGGCGCCCGCCACCUUGUUCAUGCAAGGCCUCCUCGCCAUGUUCCAGGGCCACCAGUACAAGCCGCGCGACGUAUGGGAGCCCACGCUCGUUGAUGUGAUUCGCAAGCUCACCGAGCCCUAUGAAAAGGUUGGCGAGUGCGCGCUGGCGAUCGACGCUUGGGAGGCUGCGAUCGACGGGUUCCUUCAGACCGACGCCAAAGAUCAGCUCCCGGGGUGCGUCUGGAACCUCUACUGGGCGCGACACACGGGCGACCUCUGGCCAAGUCUCGCGUGCAUUCAAGCCCUCGUGGUAAACUUUGAGCGAACGGAGCUGCUCCAUGAAGGCUGGGGCUUGACGACGUGCUUGGCGUGCGAGCUACCGAUGCUCGAGGGAAUCACGUACAUCUGCCCCGGCUGCACGAUCAACCUCGGCGUUGUCUGCGCCUCGUGCCACGAGUUCGUGACCGAGUGCCUCGACUGCGAGCGCUCAGUGCUCUUGCCCGCCGAGCCACCGGCCCGAACGCUCCUCAAAAUGCGCGUGAAAUGGCUCACAAAAGAAGGCCCUUCGGACGCCUUGCGCGCCGCCAACGAUGCGCUCACCGAGUACUAUCAUCGAUGGCACUUGCCACUCGAGUGA